GCGGACCGCAGGCUAUCAGGAGCCCCGAAUUCCUCAACGGCUUCCCGGACAACACUAAGGUGCAGCAGCAGCGAGUGGAAAUCAGUCAGAAAAUCUUAUACCGGUCUGUCUGUAUACUGCGCGCUGUGUUUGCCUCCGGGGGCCACGUCUCUCUGGAGCAGCCAACCAACUCCAUGGCUUGGCUCGAGCCCUUCGUCCAAGACUUCCUAUCUGAGGUACAAGCCACGCUUGCAGUGGUCCCCGCUUGUUCGGUGGGCGUUGAUGUGGCUAAACAGUGGUUAUUUGCUUCCAGCUUUGCAUCUUUGCAGCAAUUGGCAGCAACUUGUUCGCACCAAGGCCAACACACUUCGGUCAUUGGCACGAGAGACGAGCAGGGCAACUUUCUCUCUCAGCGAACUGCAGAGUAUCCUACAGCUUUAGCCACACGCUACAGCAAGCUUGUCGUCCCACUUUUUGACGGCUACAGACUGCAUGAGCAAUCAGACUUUUGUUCACUCAGCUUUGCGCUGCAAUGCAUGCCCCGCAAAGGCCGCGCUGCCCCCCCUUUCGGGGCUCAGGAUGGCGGUGGCAUCUAUUCCACCCCCGACUGGUCUUACGGGCCAAGAUACCAGUCCGAUCUACUUUGUGACCUGCGCAAGGAAUGGCAACAGUGGCUUCUGGAGAAGCACAUCCCCGCAAGGCUCUCCCAACAUGUUGCGGAGCAUCGCGAGUCUCCCCUCUUCACUGAGGAUGAAACAGCUUGGCUGCAGCAAUCAUUUAAGCGCUUUUCUGACAAACACUCGCUCUCCCAGGACUGGGAUUUCUCUGCGCCUCAGGGACAACCAUACUGCUUGUCCGCUUUGUCGAGACUUAGCCACUUGGUUGCAGACAAAGACACCUCGCUUUUCCCAUCAUUGAUGCAAGGUGUCCCAACUGGCUUUGACGGGGAUGUACCCCGCAGUCAUACGCUGCGACCACGGCGUGAGUCCGAGAGUGACAAGAGCCACGAACUUUUGAUCUGUGAGGGCAAUUGGAAAGGGGCUGAAGACGACCCCGCUUUGCUGCAGCAACUCGUCGAAGAGGAGAUAGAAGCUGGAUACCUCGAAGUUGUCCCAGACCUGGAAACAGCUUUUCGCCGCUGGGGCAAAGAGCGGGUUGCAGUGGGCAAAGUCAACAUCGUCAAAGCCCCCGGCCGCUCCCCCCGCUUGGUGGUUGAGAACAGCAUCUGUAACACCAACCAAUGUUGCCAUGUUCCAGAGCAAUUCAGUAUGCCCAGCUUGCAGGACAUCCAAUCAUGCUUCCCGCUUCGGGAAGACAACGAAGAGGUCCAUGGUUUCAGCUUAGAUGUGAAGGGAGCCCACAAAACAUCGCGCGUUCGGGAGAGUGACAUUGGGCUCCUGGGCAUGCGACGGCAGGAGCGCUUGCUUUUCUAUAAAGUCUGUCCCUUUGGGGCCACUUUUUCGAGCCACUGGUUCGCCAGAUUGGGGGGCUGUUUCACCCGCUGCCUGCAUUUAUUGAUCUGGCUGUCACAUGUUCUCCUUCUUUAUGUGGAUGAUCUUCUGCUAUUUCAGAACAGCAAGGAUGGGAAAUCAACCUAUCCUCCGCUUGUUUUUCGCUUCCCGAAGCCAAGCGCAACAAGCUUCGCGAACAAGUUUCCGAAUGCCUCCGACAUCGUCAGGCCAUGGCUUUCAUCCGUGUACGAUGACAUGCACAGACCGCUUGGCACCAAUGUCAGCAUCAGCCCCACUUUAUGGGCCGGCAUUGGUUUACACCUCGACGAGGAACUUCGCUUCAUCUCGUCGCCCCCCAGUACGGCCAGCAAGGGGGCCAAGCUUCUUUCCGCUCGACAUGGUGACUUGCAUACCAAGGCGGAUCUCUGCAAAGUGCCUGUGAGCACCAAGCGCAUCUGGAUGCGCAUUGCAGACCCUUCAUCGUCACGCCGCAAACUUUGUCAAGAGAGCCGAGAUGUUCUGCGUUUCUUUCAGCACCUGAGCUCUGUGGAAUGGCGCCCUCGUCCCCUCAGGCCACCAGCUUUGGUUGCACUGGAAACAGCCGCAGACGCUUUCGGCAAGGGCAACCAAUGUGGCGUGGGGGGCUGGCUGAGGUUCCCAAGUGGUCGCAUGGUCUGGUUCUCUCAGCUUUUCGAUGUGCAGCAGUUCGCAGCUUUGGAUAUUCCAGUUCAGAGCGAUGCCACCUUGGACAUUUCCAGCUACGAAACUUUGGCCCAGUGCUUUGUUCUCCUCGCUUUCUGGAAGACCUCAGGUGCGGGACGCUUGGCCUUGAAGUUGCCAGCCCUUAGUGACAACAGCGGCGCUGAUCGAAGCGGUCUGUAA